UUCUCACACACCUCGGCACGGCGACGCGACGCGACGUGAUGACACGAGCGACGGCGGGCGUUUGAGCUGUUCGCCACCUACCCUCCAUUCUCUCCAAGACCUCGUCCUCCUCAUCUCUUCCACCCCUCCAAUCCACAACGCACGAAUCAGUUGGCAAAGCCCACUUCCCUCUCCAUCCCCCUCCCUCAUCCUCUCUCGUCAGAGAUCAGAAGAUCUGAUCAAGAACAGCUCGAUCGUCGGGAAGAACGAGGAGGAGGAGGGGUAAAUAAAUCCUCCCAGGGCGCAAGAGGAAUUUUGCCAAGAUGCUGGGAGCAACAUUAUGGUUCCUACUUGAAUUUGCAGAUGGCAGGUGACAGGCCGUCGACGAGGAGGAGAUGUCGGACGGCGCGGCCUCCCGGAUGGGCGUCGCCGGCGCGCUGGGCCUCUCGGUCACGUCGUCCGUGGCCAUCGUCAUCUGCAACAAGUACCUCAUCAGCACCCUCGGCUUCUUCUUCGCGACGACGCUGACGAGCUGGCACCUGAUGGUGACCUUCUUCACGCUCUACGGCGCGCAGCGCCUGCGUUUCUUCGAGCCAAAGCCCAUCGGUGCGCGCACCGUCAUCUCCUUCGGCCUGCUCAAUGGCAUCUCCAUUGGCCUCCUCAACCUCUGCCUCGGCUUCAACUCUGUUGGUUUCUAUCAGAUGACCAAGCUGGCCAUUAUACCCUUCACCAUAGUCUUGGAGACCAUAUUUCUGAACAAGAAGUUCAGCCAGAGCAUCAAGGCCUCCCUUAUGGUCCUGCUCCUGGGAGUCGGUAUCGCGUCGGUCACCGAUCUCCAGCUCAAUCUCCUCGGUUCGAUCAUCGCCGUGCUCACCAUCGCCGCGACAUGCGUCGGCCAGAUUCUGACCAACCAAAUCCAGAGGAGGCUCAAGGUGUCCUCGACGCAGCUGCUGUACCAGUCCUCGCCGUACCAGUCCGCCGUGUUGCUCGUCACCGGCCCGUUCGUCGACAAGCUCCUGACCAAGCGCGACGUCUUUGCGUUCAACUACACCGUCCAAGUCGUGGCGUUCAUCGUGAUGUCGUGCUUGAUCGCGGUGUGCGUGAACUUCAGCACGUUCCUGGUGAUCGGCACGACUUCGCCGGUGACGUACCAGGUGCUGGGUCACCUCAAGACGUGCCUGGUCCUCUCCUUCGGCUACGUGCUGCUCAGGGACCCCUUCACCGCGCGCAACGUCGCCGGCAUCCUCAUCGCCAUCUUCGGCAUGGGCCUCUACUCCUACUACUCCGUCACCGAGAGCCGCAAGAAGAACGAGGCCGCCGGCUCGCUGCCGGUCGCCGCGCAGAUGAGCGACAAGGAUUCGGCACCGCUCCUCGGCCCGAAGGGCUCGCCGUGGCAGGAGAGCAAGGACGCGGAGAGCUUCGAUUACGUGCCGAGGACGGCGAAGAGCGCGUUUACCGGCCGGUGAACGGGAACGGUAGAAGAGUACCACCCGCUUAUCGAACGCUCAAAGAUGUAUUGCCGGCCAAGUGCGAUGCCUAUUCUUUCUCCUUGCGAGCUGCGAUUUGUCCUACUGCACAGCGACGAGUAGAGCCUAGAUAUGACAGAAUAUAGUUCUUUCCUGAGCUUGAGUGAUGGAUUGGUGAUAGUACAGGAUGUGCAAAUUCAUUCUAGAUUAUACGCCAAAAACGAAAAACUCUUGUCCCUGAGGGUCAAGCAAAUGCCAGGCUCAUUUGUUUUGGUACCAUACUACUUGUACACUAACUACUUCGAUGAACUCGUGGACUUUGGAUUC